GUUGUUUCUUGCUGUUCCUCUGCUUGCGAUUCUUGGACAGCUCCAUCGGCCUGGUAGGCUCGCGGGUAGGCGGCGAUCCGCGAUCGGACCGAUGACGGACGGUGGCGAGAACUGUCGGGGAGCGGCGCUGGAGGAGAGCCUUCUGCCCGAGGAAGCCGCGGCGAGGACGGGGAAGAAGUAUGAAAAGACAUACCUGGACGUGCUGGGCGUGUGCUGCUCGGCGGAGGUCGCGCUGGUGGAGAGGCUGCUGGCGCCGCUCGACGGCGUGAGGGCGGUGUCGGUCGUCGUCCCCUCCCGGACCGUCAUCGUCGAGCAUGACCCCGAAGCCACCUCGCAGUCCCGCAUCGUGAAGGUUCUGAACGGGGCAGGCCUGGAGGCGUCGGUGCGCGCCUACGGCAGCAGCGGGGUCAUCAGCCGGUGGCCCAGCCCGUACAUCGUCGCCUGCGGCGUCCUCCUCCUCGCGUCCUCCUUCAGCUGGCUCCUGCCUGCCCUGCGGUGGCUGGCCCUCGGGGCGGCCUGCGCCGGCGCUCCCCCGAUGAUCCUCCGGGGCUUCGCCGCCGCCAGCAGGCUCGCGCUGGACAUCAACCUCCUCAUGCUCAUCGCCGUCGCCGGAGCCGUGGCGCUCAAGGACUACACGGAGGCAGGCGCAAUCGUCUUCCUCUUCACAACCGCAGAAUGGCUCGAGACCCUGGCUUGCACCAAGGCCAGCGCCGGGAUGUCGUCGCUGAUGAGCAUGAUCCCGCCCAAGGCGGUGCUCGCCGAGACGGGCGAGGUAGUCAACGUGCGCGACAUCGGCGUAGGCGCUGUCAUCGCGGUGAGGGCCGGGGAGGUGGUGCCGGUGGACGGCGUGGUGGUCGACGGGCAGAGCGAGGUCGACGAGAGGAGCCUCACCGGGGAGUCUUACCCGGUGCCCAAGCAACCGCAGUCGGAGGUCUGGGCAGGCACGCUCAACUUGGACGGUUACAUUGCCGUGAGGACGACCGCUCUCGCCGAGAACUCCACGGUGGCUAAGAUGGAGAAGCUGGUGGAAGAGGCCCAGAACAGCAGGUCCAAGACGCAGCGGCUCAUCGACUCCUGCGCCAAGUACUACACGCCGGCGGUGGUUGUUGCCGGAGCAGGGGUGGCCCUGCUGCCGCCGCUGCUGGGAGCGGGUGAUCCGGAGCGAUGGUUCAGGCUGUCGCUGGUGCUGCUGGUGAGCGCGUGCCCGUGCGCGCUGGUGCUGUCGACGCCCGUGGCCACCUUCUGCGCUCUCCUGACGGCGGCGAGGAUGGGGAUCCUCGUCAAGGGAGGGGACAUCCUUGAGUCGCUGGGCGAGAUCACCGCCGUCGCCUUCGACAAGACCGGCACCAUCACCAGAGGGGAGUUCACCAUCGACGCCUUCCGUGUGGUUGGGGACAAGGUUCACAUAACCCAUCUUCUCUACUGGAUUUCAAGCAUUGAGAGCAAGUCGAGCCACCCAAUGGCAGCUGCACUUGUGGAGUACGCCCAGUCCAAAUCUAUCCAGCCCAAGCCGGAAAACGUCGCCGAGUUUCGCAUCCUUCCCGGGGAGGGAAUCUACGGAGAGAUGGACGGGAAACACAUCUACAUUGGGAACAACAGGGCAUUGGCAAGGAGAUCAUGCCACACAGACACAGAGAAAAUUGACGAUCUGAAAGGCGUGUCCAUCGGCCACGUGAUCUGCGACGGGGACCUCGUCGGGGUGUUCUCUCUUUCAGACGACUGCCGGACAGGCGCGUCCGAAGCUAUCCAGGAGCUGAGAUCCAUGGGCAUCACUUCGGUGAUGCUCACGGGGGACAGUGCGGAGGCGGCCAGGCACGCGCAGCAGCAGCUCGGCGGCAUCCUGGAGGAGCUCCACUCCGCGCUCUUCCCGGAGGACAAGGUCCGGCUCGUGGCCGCCCUGAAGGCUAGGGCCGGCCCGACGAUGAUGGUCGGCGACGGCAUCAACGACGCGCCGGCGCUGGCGAUGGCGGACGUGGGCGUGUCCAUGGGCAUCUCCGGCUCCGCGGCCGCGAUGGAGACCAGCCACGCCACGCUCAUGUCCAGCGACAUCCUCAGGGUCCCCGAGGCCGUCAGGCUCGGCAGGCGCGCGCGCCGGACCAUCCUCGUCAACGUGGUGGCGUCGGUGGCCGCCAAGGCCGCCGUCCUCGUGCUCGCCCUGGCCUGGCGCCCGCUGCUGUGGGCGGCGGUGCUCGCCGACGUCGGCACGUGCCUGCUCGUGGUGCUCAACAGCAUGCUGCUGCUCGGAGAGGGGCGCACCACGGGCCGCGGGAAGGAGGAGGCGUGCCGCGCUACGGCGAGGUCGCUGGACAUGAGAAGGUCUCAGCUCGCCGCCCUUGCAUCAUCCAACACUGCUGCCCCUGCCACCGCAAGCGGCGAGAAAGACUGCCACUGCUGUCAGAAGCAAAGCGAGUCUCAUGAGGACUCGGUUGCCAUCGACAUACCAGCCGAUGAGAACCGCCAAGAAUAGCUGACAUGUGCGCCGACGAAUGGACAAGUCACCGGAUCUAACCCUUCCGUGAUGCCUACUUCUUCGAGCUGCGCGUCCCAAGGAUGCUGCUCUGGUGAAUGAAUCAGGUAGCAUGGGAAAAGUGCAAGAAAAUGGCGAUCGCUGAUCAGAUAGCAUGAGUGUCGCAAAGAGCUCCGGAAAUUCAACUGAUGCAUUGUGUAAAGUUCUAGGGUGGUGUUACAAGAACUCUCAAAAUCCAACUGACGAAUCGUGUAUGCUUCCGUACGUGUGCUAAAAUCAGUCUAAGUAUGGCUCGAGUCGAUUUUGAUCGCCUUCACAAUUCAUAUGU